AUGCCGCACCCACGCAACUCCAGGAGCGUGAGCUCGAAGCAGUCGUGGCCAGGCAAAGCGGUCUCGGUGGAAAACACGCAAGCCGAGAAGGAGGAGAGCUCUCAGACCAAGCGGUCCCCCUCCUCACCCCAGGGGGCACCCAAAAAGCGCUCUGCCUUUGGGGAUAUCACCAACGCUCACAAGACGCAGCAGCUGGGGGGGAAGAAGGAGGCAGCGAAGUCGGUUUCCAAGAAGGUGCCAAAGGGCUUGGCAGUGGUGCCUGUUGCCAAGAACAAUGAGAUCAACCUGAAAAAGUCCCUGAACCAAAUUCCCUCGGUGGAGGCGCCGGCUGAAACCGACCACACAAAGGGCCGGACAGCAGGGGACGCUCCUGUGCCGACUCCAGCAGAAGACACAGCAGUGCCGGUCGCGCCAGUUGAGGACGUAGACAAAGCCCACCUGGGUGAUCCUUACGCCAGCGCCGAAUACGCCAAGGACAUUUUUAUCUACAUGCGGGAACGCGAGGAGGAAUUCUCGCUGCAGGACUACAUGCGGAAUCAGCCUGACAUCACCACCGACAUGCGGGCCGUCCUCGUGGACUGGAUGGUGGAGGUGCAGGAAAACUUCGAGCUCACCCAUGAGACGCUUUACCUGGCAGUCAAGCUGAUGGAUCACUACCUGGCGAAGGUGACCACCACCCGGGACAAGCUGCAGCUUAUCGGCUCCACGGCCAUCCUCAUCGCGUCCAAGUUUGAGGAGCGCUGCCCGCCCUGCGUGGACGACUUCCUGUACAUCUGCGACGACGCCUACAAGAAGGAGGAGCUGCUCGCCAUGGAAGUGAGCAUCUUGCAGACGCUGCGCUUCGACAUCAACAUCCCCAUCGCCUACCGCUUCCUCCGACGGUUCGCCAAGUGCGCCUGCGCGAGCAUGGAGACCCUGACGCUGGCCCGCUUCAUCUGCGAGCUGACCCUGCAGGAGUACGCCUUCGUGGGCGAGAGCGCCUCCCGGCUGGCGGCCAGCUGCCUCCUCCUGGCCCUGCAGAUGAAGAACCUCGGUGGCUGGACCCCCACGCUGGAGUACUACAGUGGCUACGCGGCCCGGGAGCUGCCCCCCCUGGUGAAGAGGCUCAACUUCCUGCUCACCUACCAGCACGACGCGCGGCUCAAGGCCGUGCGCAGCAAGUACUCGCACCGGAUCUUCUUUGAGGUGGCCAAGCUGGCGCCCAUGGACAUGCUGGAGUUGGAGCGGGCGCUGCAGAGUUAG